GGGCAAAAUUCACUAAAUCGGACCUAUUUUGUAUGUGGCAGUUCAUAUUAUAUUCUUUAAAACAUAUGUUAAGUAUUUAUUAAUAUUUUAGUCGUUUUGACAGUGAAUUCGUACUUAGGUUUAGCAUAUUUACCUUUGUUUUCAAGCCACUUCCGUUUAUUUCCCAAGCUACUUCCGAGGCAAAUAAAUGCUACAACUCAGCACCAUUGAUAAGAGAAUAUGGAGAGAAUAAAUGUACCCCCUCCAGGUCCUCUGGAUCUUCCUCUGUCCUUGUUGGAGAUGGGAUGCUCUGGCAGGUUUGAACUCAUCACACAUCCCUCCCCGGGCUUGCCUUUUCCUCCACAGACCACGCUCCCCAACGGGCUUCCCCCCACCAGUCUGAGCCUGGAGGCUGAAGUCAAGAAACAAUUUUUACAAGAUCCUGGCUGGCUUCCUUUACACGACACAGACUUUGCUUUCCAAAGGUUUCUAAAAGUGACAAACAGAAAGGUGAAUGUCGACUCUCUGCUCAACUGCACUUCGUCUUCGCUAAAUUCUGGACUCUCCGUCAUCCGAGAUCCAACGACGGGGAUGCUGCUGGAUUUCACAGAAGUUUCAUUGGAGAACACGGGUCUUUCGGCAAAGAACUCGCUGUCAUUACAACGCAAGCCUGGACCUCCUUCCGAGAGCCUGAGAGGAAGCAACACAAACUACCCCUUCCUGCCUGGUGGGAUGGAGGAACUUACUCUGGACCAAAUCAAGACUAAGUCAGAACUGGAACAGGACAUAGACUUUGAGAAUGAUUUGCUCCAAGUUCCUCCUGGUUUUAAAGCUGGACUGGACUUCACCGACAGAGGAACUAAAGUAGCAAAACCCGAGGUCAACCUCAUGUCACUGCUGUCAACCUCUGAUGAUGUCAUCGACUUGGAGACUGAGGCAGAAGCAAAGGAGGAAAGCCAAGGUCAUGAAGAGGCCGCCAAACUUCCCAGGACAAACAGCCUUGAAGACCUAGGCAUCCAAGAUGCUUCGUCCUCCUCCUCUCGGUCCGGCAAGGGAAAGUCAAACCAGAGUGAGAAGCCGGAAGAAACAAAAAAAUGGGCCAUUCCCGUCGACAUAAGUUCACCCUGUGCAGAUUUCCACAAACGUAUUCCUCAUCCGGCUUUUAAGUGGCCGUUUGAGCUGGAUGUCUUCCAGAAACAAGCCAUAUUACGACUGGAGGCUCACGACUCUGUGUUUGUAGCGGCGCACACGUCGGCUGGCAAAACGGUGGUGGCUGAAUACGCCAUUGCUCUCUCACAGAAACACAUGACCAGGACCAUCUACACUUCCCCGAUCAAAGCCUUGUCCAAUCAGAAGUUCAGAGACUUCAAAACCACCUUUGGGGAUGUGGGUCUCCUCACAGGUGAUGUCCAGCUCAGUCCAGAGUCUUCAUGUCUCAUCAUGACCACGGAGAUCCUCAGGUCAAUGCUUUACAACGGUUCAGAGGUCAUCAGAGAUUUGGAGUGGGUCAUAUUUGAUGAGGUUCAUUAUAUUAAUGAUGCAGAGAGAGGAGUGGUUUGGGAAGAAGUUCUCAUCAUGUUACCUGACCACGUAAGCAUUAUUCUCCUGAGUGCCACAGUGCCAAACGCUCUGGAGUUCAGCGAAUGGAUCGGACGCAUUAAGAAGAAGCACAUUUACGUGAUCAGCACAUUGAAGAGGCCCGUGCCGUUGGAGCAUUAUUUGUACACUGGAAACAACACAAAGACCCAGAAAGAGAUGUUCUUACUAUUGGAUGCUACAGGAAACUUCCUUACAAAAGGUUAUUACGCAGCUGUGGAUGCCAAGAAAGAGCGCACCAGCAAAUAUGCCCAAUCUUUUGGCACCAAAACUCCAUCGCAGACCACCACAGCUAGUCAAGACCGAGCGGUGUGGCUCACCCUUUUGCACUUCCUGACCAAGCGGCAGCAGACCCCCGUGGUGGCGUUCACCUUCUCACGCACGCGCUGUGAUGACAACGCCCGUUCGCUGGACUCCAUGGACAUGACCACGUCCAUCGAGAAGGCUGAGAUCCACUCGUUCUUCCAAAAGAGCCUGAGUCGCCUCAGAGGGGGGGACAGACAGCUGCCUCAGAUUGUACUCAUGAGGGAUCUGCUGAAAAGAGGAGUAGCAGUCCAUCAUAGUGGAAUCCUGCCCAUAUUGAAGGAGGUUAUUGAAAUGCUCUUCUCAAGAGGCCUCGUAAAAGUGCUGUUUGCAACCGAGACGUUUGCGAUGGGAGUAAACAUGCCCGCCAGGACUGUGGUUUUCGACAGCAUCCGAAAGCAUGAUGGAAGCGGCUUUAGGAAUCUUCUCCCCGGUGAAUAUAUUCAAAUGGCGGGCAGAGCAGGCAGGAGAGGUCUUGAUGCCACGGGCACGGUCAUCAUUCUGUGUAAAGCUGGCGUUCACGAAAUGUCAGAGCUUCAUGUCAUGAUGCUGGGCAAGCCCACCACGCUUCACUCGCAAUUCCGACUGACUUACACCAUGAUUCUCAACCUGCUGCGAGUCGAGGCGCUCCAUGUGACCGACAUGAUGAGGAGAAGCUUUUCGGAAAACCACAGAGACACUCAGGCACAUGAAAAGAGGAUCAGCCAGCUUAAGGAGAUAUUGUCCACUCUGCCCGUCGCCGCCAGCGAGGGCCAGCUAUCUGAUUUGCUGCCGUACUACCACACAGUGACAGAGCUACGGACCACGAGAGAAAUCCUCCAGCGUGCAAUUCUGGAGUCGGUCAAUGGGCUGAAAGCUUUGUCCGUGGGCCGGGUUGUGGUGGUGAACAACAAGCAGCAUGUCAACGCUCUGGGAGUUAUCCUGCAGGUGUCCAGCGAUGCGGUGAAUCGCACCUUCACAACGCUCAUUUUAUGCGACAAAGGCAACGAGGAAGCGGAAGGAAGCGGCGGCGACAGUCGAGCUCCUCCUCAUCUCUACAAUACGGCGCUUUUCAUCCCUGAAGGUCCAUGCAGCCACACAGUGCAGAAGCUAAAGCCAGAGGACAUCACCGGCAUCACAUUGAAGAGCCUCAAAGUGAUUCCCGACAGGAUCAUCGACAACUAUCAUAAGAGACAACAGCCCCGAUUUAGGACCGAACCACCUGGUCAAGCCAUCUCCACGGCGACGCAAGAGCUCCUGCGAUUGGCCGAGGCUAACGCAGGCGGCAUCGUCACCCUGGACCCGGUCAACGACCUCCAGUUGAAGAAUGUCGACGUGGUCGAGGCCUCCAUGCGUCUCCGCGUGCUGCAGGACAGCCUGCGAGAAUUCAACUGCAUUCACUCGCCGACCUUUGCAGAGCAGUUUGCUAAAGUUCAGGAGAGGAUGAGUGUACAAGAGGAGCUGGAUAAACUGCUUUUCCUGGUCUCAGAUCAGUCAUUAUCUCUGCUGCCAGAGUACCAUCAGAGGAUCAAGGUGCUGCAGUCGCUUCAAUACGUGGACAGCGGCGGCGCCGUUCAGCUCAAAGGCCGGGUGGCUUGUCAGAUCAGCAGCCACGAGCUGCUGCUCACCGAGCUGCUGUUUGAGAACGCUCUGAGUCCGCUGGCGCCCGAAGAGAGCGCCGCCCUGCUGUCCUGUUUGGUCUUCACGCAGAAGACGCAAGUGGAGCCGCACAUCACCAAGACUUUACGGGAGGGUAUUGAUCGCGUGUUGUCAGUCGCACAGCGCAUAGGAGAGUUACAAAGGGAUUGCGGCUUACCGCAAACAGCGGAAGAAUUUGUGGGCCAGUUCAAGUUUGGCCUGACAGAGGUGGUGUACUGCUGGGCCAGAGGCAUGCCGUUCGCUGAGAUCGCCCAGCUGACGGACGUCCAGGAGGGCACGGUGGUGCGCUGCAUACAGCGUCUGGAUGAGGUGCUGAAGGAGGUGCGCCAGGCCGCUCGCAUCGUGGGCGACUCGGUGCUGGGAAGCAAGAUGGAGAAGGCCUCGCUCGCCAUCCGGAGGGACAUUGUUUUUACCGCCUCCCUCUACACCCACUGAGAGAUGGAGGAUGGACACGUGCUCAAGGCACGUUGCCGCCACGCAGACAGGAUAGAUGGACCAUUAAGAGGCAAAUGCAUUGAAACAACUCAACUGAAAUUCACAAACUUUGUUCUGCAUGACUCGAUUAUGACCAAGUCACACUCAUCAGGAUCUGCAACAAAUUAAUAAUGAUGCACAAUAAAUCAUAUUUAC